AUGACAAGGGAAGAUCAUCUGAUCAAGAAGGGCAUUGCUCUGAACAUUGUCCCAAGGAAGGUAUCCAUCAACAGUCAGGUUCACCUGAGAGUGGAGACACUAGGGAUAGACCAAGUUUCAAGUUUCUGGAUGGAAAGAGCACAAGACUCACAGCCAAACUUGAAAAUUCAAGAAAGUAAGGAGAGGAGGAUUCUUCUUAUCACAACUGAAGAUGAGAAUCUGAUGACAGAAAAAGGUUUAGAGCUAACUCACCUCAUUGAGAUGCCUCAACAAUCUCUGUUCAUCUCGCUCAAAACAACGUCUUGUCCACACAGGCAUACAAAAGUGACCAAUCCUAAAAGAAUGAGAAUGAUGCAUGAUGAUUCUAACGAAAGUGAAGAGAAUGUUUCUGACAAAAUCAAUGACAUUUUCACAAAAGCUAUUGAUGCUACACAGUUUGAAAACUUGCAAGGGAGAGAAGAAGUAAUGUGUCACCCCAGAACAACAUAUGAUGCUCCAGCUGGUAAGGGUAAACAGAGAGUUACUCAGGGCCAGAGAUCUAGUGGGGGAGGUGCUCCUCCUAAUGUGACUUGUUUCAAUUGCGCGAAACCUGGCCAUAAGAGUACUGCGUGCAACAUUGAGGUGAAGAAAUGUUUUCGCUGUGGUAAGAUGGGACAUGCUAUGUCAGAUUGUAAGCAUAAGGAAAUGGUUUGUUUUAACUGCGGUGAAGAAAGACACAUUGGAAGUCAGUGUUCGAAACCAAAGAAGGCACAAGUUGGUGGAAGAGUGUUUGCUUUGGUUGGAACUCAGACACAGAAUGAGGACAGACUUAUCAGAGGUACAUGUUUCAUAAAUAGUACUCCUUUAAUUACUAUUAUUGAUACUGGUGCUACUCAUUGUUUUAUUGCUGCUGAUUGCAUUAAAAGAUUGGGUCUUGUGUUAUCUUCUAUGAAUGGUGAGAUGGUAGUUGAGGUUCCAGCUAAAGGAUUAGUGACUACUUCUCUAGUAUGUUUGAAGUGUCCUUUGUCGAUCUUCAAUAGGAACUUCGCUGUUGAUUUAGUUUGUUCGCCAUUAAGUGGGAUGGAUGUAAUUUUGGGGAUGAACUGGUUAGAGUAUAACUAUGUUCAUAUUAAUUGUUAUAACAAGACUGUGAGGUUUUCAUCUGCUGAAGAGGAAGAAGCUGGUUUGGUGUCACCAAAGCAGUUUCGUCAGUUGCUGAAGGAAGGAGCUGAGAUGUUCUCAUUGAUGGCAACAUUGUCAAUUGAGAAUCAAACUAUAAUUAAUGAGUUGCAGGUGGUGCGUGAGUUUCCUGAAGUUUUCCCGGAUGAGAUUCCUGAUGUACCGCCAGAAAGAGAUGUUGAAUUUGCAAUUGAUCUUGUACCUGGUACCAGACCUGUUUCUAUGGCACCGUACAGAAUGUCUGCAUCUGAAUUGGCUGAAUUAAAGAAGCAACUGGAGGACUUACUUGAGAAGAAGUUUGUCAGACCGAGUGUAUCACCGUGGGGAGCUCCAGUGCUGUUGGUAAAGAAGAAAGAUGGAAGUAUGAGGCUCUGUGUUGAUUACAGACAACUGAAUAAAGUAAUGAUUAAUAACAGGUAUCCGCUACCAAGAAUAGAUGAUUUGAUGGACCAAUUGGUGGGUGCCAGUGUAUUUAGCAAGAUUGAUCUGAGAUCGGGUUAUCAUCAGAUUAAAGUAAGAGAUGAAGAUAUUUAGAAGACGGCGUUUAGAACGAGGUAUGGACACUAUGAAUAUUCUGUGAUUCCUUUCGGUGUUACUAAUGC